GUGGUAAGCUAGCCUCCCUAGAAGAGUUCAAAGUUCAGAAGGAGGACCUGAUGGCCAAGUUUGCACAGAUGGAGGACAACCUUCAGCACCAGAGGGAGGACCAUGAGGAACAGAUGUACCAGCUGGAGAGGAAAGCUGUGGUGGACAAGGAUAGGUUAAAGAAGGAAAUGGUUAUGAAGGUCAACCAGGUCGCGGCAGAGUUUCGUAAAGUCUCCAACAAACAGAUGGCAGAGACCACUAAGCGAACCAUCCGGGAGAACGUGUCCAUCAAUGCACAGCUGUCCAAGAUGUCCGACAAGACUCUGGACUUGAUAGCGGAGAACGAUGAGCUGAGGGCGAAAGAGAAGGAUCAGCGGCAGAGAAUCGAGAUGUUGGAAGCCACGGAGAAAGAGCUGGCAAAGAAAAACCAUUCCAACCAGAAGAUCAUUCGCAUGCUGACAGAGAAGGCCAAGCAGACGGAGGCAGUGCUGGCGGAGAUGGAAGUGAGGGAACAGGAGGUUCAGGACAUCGAUGCAGAGAUCAGCCUGGUACGCAGUCAGAACGAGGCCAUGUCACAAGAGCUGCAAAAAAUCAGUGCAGAGCUAGAGCAGAAGGGUGACGAGGUGUCCCUGCUCCAGGAGAAGCUGAAAGACGAGAGGAAGGCCAGGGGGAAACUGGAGCAGCUCAUUCGGGAUGCAGCACACAGCUUACAUAGUACAUUAAGUGGUCCAAGUCCAGAUGACCCAGAGUGGGAGGAACUAUCUGCCCUGCGGGAAAAACGGGACGGAAUGUUGGAGCAACUUCUGAUCCUCCUGAACAGUGCAGCCACACUGGGCCUGGGGCCGCCACGGGGGCCCUUCGGGAAAAACACGUCUGAGGCGUGGAAGACUAAAAGUACCGGCUUCCUUCCCGCCAUGGGCAUGGGUCUGACUAAAGGCUCCAUCACUCUGGGGCCUGUGUCGGGUGUAGCAGACUCGGUAGCUCACUACAGACUAGGAGACCUGGGCCUGGUGCCCAGACAGAAGGACACCAUCUCGUCAGUAGGGCAGAAGGUGGGAGGGCUGUCCAAAACCACUCGCCUGGCACCCAUCAGGUCAUCCCGACCAAAGUCUGUGGGUGUGCAGACUUUCAGUUCACCAAAGGCCAUGUUUUUUGCUGACCAGCUGCUGAAAUCUGGAAAGCCUGACCUGACUUCAAAAAGUUAGCACACAGGAAUCCAGCUCAGCUAAUGUUCUAAAAGUCCUUCAAUUUGAUUAUGUGUAAAUAUCUCAGUUGGAUUUGAAAUACUGAAUUCUAGUGCAGUCACAUUCGUUAUACUUCUAGGUUAACGUUGUCAGACAAUUUUGAUGCUGUUUUAAAGCAGGUUUUGUCAGAACCGAAUGCAGAUGAGACAGUACUGUAACAAAAAUACUGAAUUUGGUACUACACAUGAAUGGUUAUCAAAAGAUUGCUGUCAGUUUGCAAUCAUAUGGUGACCGCACUGGUCGUGUGACUGGGCCCUUGCAGUUAUUGUUGUUGAUAAACGUAAUGCAGUGUUUAUGUACACCAAGAAUAGCAGGACUUUCUGCUAAUGCAUGAAAGGAUACUUGCAGUGAGUUGUAUUUACAGUCUUACUUUCAAUCUAUAAUUAACUAGCCUAAAUUGAGAUACACUCUUCUUGCAGACAAAACCAGGUGAUUUUCAAUUAAAUCUCUCCUAGAAAGUUAUACCAUUGCUUGCAUUUUGCUGCAUUUCAACGAAAAUGUCAACAAGUCAAAUUACAUUAUUCUGUAAGUUUGUCAGGCAACUCUACAUCCCGUGUAAAUAAUAUACAUAUGUUCAUGAGUAUGUUCAUAUUUUUAAUUUUUUCUUUGCUUGUUUUAAAAUAAUAGAUGAGAAAAUGCCAA